AAUCCCUCUCUUCCUCUCUUUCUCUGCUCUUUAGUCUUACGACCACAAAAGUAGCGCUUCGUUUAAUUUCUCUCUCCAAUCGAACCUGUUUGUUUCCCUAGAAAAAAACACAAAGAGGAAAAAAUUAUGAGCAGCUGGAAAAGCCUUCUUCUUCGAAUCGGCGACAAAUGCUCCGAGUACAGUUCCUCUUCCGAAUUCAAAGACCACAUUGAAACUUGCUAUGGAGCUUUGCGGAGAGAACUGGAACAUUCUUCUAAUGAUAUUUUGCCUUUCCUUCUCCAAUGUGCCGAACAAUUGCCUCACAAGAUUCCUCUGUAUGGAACAGUGGUUGGUUUGCUAAACUUGGAAGAUGAGGACUUUGUUAAAAAAAUAGUCGAGAAUACACAAACUAGUUAUCAGGAGGCUCUAGAUUCUGGAAAUUGUGACAGAAUUCGUAUUUUGAUGCGGUUUUUGACUGUUUUGAUGUGCAGUAAAGUUCUCCAACCUGCUUCACUUGUAGUUGUCUUUGAAACUCUAUUAUCAUCUGCUGCCACAACAGUGGAUGAGGAGAAAGGAAAUCCUUCCUGGCAAGCAUGUGCUGACUUUUAUGUGACUUGCAUUUUAUCUUGUCUUCCAUGGGGAGGAGCAGAACUCGGGGAGCAAGUUCCUGAGGAGAUAGAAAGAGUCAUGGUUGGUAUACAAGCCUAUUUGAGCAUUCGAAGGCAUACUUCUGACUCUGGAUUAUCUUUUUUUGAGGAUGAUGAGCCGGGAGGCGACCUUGUUGAAAAGGAUUUCCUUGAAGAUUUAUGGGAACGGAUACAAGUUCUGUCUAGCAAUGGUUGGAAAGUUGAAAGUGUUCCAAGGCCUCACCUAUCAUUUGAAGCCCAGCUAGUUGCUGGAAAGUCUCAUGAGUUUGGUCCCAUUAGCUGUCCUGAGCAACCUGAUCUGCCUUCAACAAUUUCUGCUGUAGCUUAUGGAAAACAAAAGCAUGAGGCAGAGUUGAAGUAUCCUCAAAGAACACGCAGACUUAAUAUUUUUCCUGCUAGUAAAACAGAGGAUCUCCAGCCUAUUGAUCGCUUUGUUGUUGAAGAGUAUUUGCUGGAUGUGCUUUUGUUCUUGAAUGGAUGUCGAAAGGAAUGUGCUUCUUUCAUGGUAGGCCUGCCAGUGCCCUUUCGGUAUGAGUACCUAAUGGCAGAAACAAUAUUCUCUCAGCUGCUUUUGUUACCGCAGCCCCCAUUCAAGCCAAUAUAUUACACACUGGUUAUUAUGGACCUCUGUAAGGCUCUCCCCGGUGCCUUUCCUGCAGUUGUAGCAGGUGCAGUUCGCGCUCUUUUUGAUAAAAUUGCCGAUUUAGAUAUGGAGUGUCGGACACGACUUAUCCUUUGGUUUUCACACCAUUUAUCAAACUUCCAAUUUAUUUGGCCUUGGGAAGAAUGGGCUUAUGUCCUUGACCUCCCAAAUUGGGCUCCACAGCGUGUAUUUGUUCAAGAGGUCUUGGAAAGAGAAGUUCGUUUGUCAUAUUGGGACAAAAUAAAACAGAGCAUUGAGAAUGCACCUGCCCUGGAAGAGUUGCUUCCACCCAAAGGUGGUCCAAACUUCAAGUAUAGUCUAGAGGAUGGUGGAGAAAGAACCGAACAACAUGCAAUUUCCGCUGAAAUUAGCAAUAAGGUGAAAGGAAGGCAAACAGCACAUGAGAUAAUUUCAUUGAUUGAGGAAAAUAUAUAUCCUGCACAUGGCCUGGAAGUUACCCUCAGUGUGGUUGUACAAACUCUUCUUGACAUUGGAUCUAAAAGUUUCACUCAUUUGAUCACUGUCUUGGAGAGAUACGGGCAGGUCAUCGCAAAAAUAUGUCCUGAUCAGGAUAAGCAGGUCAUGCUCAUAGCUGAAGUGAGUUCAUAUUGGAAGAACAAUGCGCAGAUGACAUCUAUAGCAAUUGAUAGGAUGAUGGGUUAUCGUCUUAUAUCUAAUUUGGCCAUUGUGAGAUGGGUCUUCUCUCCAGAAAACAUUGAGCAAUUUCAUAUAUCAGAUCGUCCAUGGGAGAUUCUCAGGAAUGCAGUUAGUAAGACAUACAAUCGUAUCACUGAUCUAAGGAAAGAGAUAUCAUCUCUGAAGAAGGGUGUUAUAUCAGCAGAAGAAGCUGCAUCUAAGGCAAAAGCAGCUUUAGAGGCUGCUGAGUCAAAGCUUACACUAGUGGAAGGUGAACCUGUUCUUGGUGAAAACCCUGUAAGGUUAAAGCGUUUAAAAACUCAGGCUGAAAAAGCUGAGGAAGAGGAAGUAUCUAUUCAUGACUCUUUACAGGCCAAGGAGGCUCUUCUUGCUCGAGCGCUAGAUGAAAAUGAGGUUUUGUUCCUCUCUCUAUACAAAAAUUUCUCCAAUGUUUUGGUGGAACGUCUACCUGAUGCAUCUAGAGCUGGAACAUUGCAAGCAUUAAAGUCUAUCCAUGGAGACUCAAUGGCUGUUGACCUUGAAGAAUCAUCAACUAUGGAGGUGGAUGAUGAGAAUGGAAGACCUAAGAAAAGUCAGCUUAAUGGGAGUAAGGCAUCAAAUAUUUAUAAUGUAGGGGAAAAAGAACAGUGGUGUUUAUCAACUCUGGGCUAUGUCAAGGCGUUCUCGAGGCAAUAUGCAUCCGAGAUAUGGCCUCACAUUGAGAAGUUGGAUGCGGAGGUGUUAACUGAAGAUGUCCAUCCUCUUUUCCGGAAAGCUGUUUAUUCAGGCCUAUGCCGGCUGAGCAAUGAGGUGUGAUCUGUCCGAUCAUAUGCUGUAACUUAAUCCAUUUUUAGUUGUACCCCUCAUUGCCCCAACAAAUUUUUAUGUACAUGAAGUAGAGACAAGUGAAUGAAAUUCGGAUUAGGUGCAUAGUUCAUGAUCAGUUAGCGAUUCAUUAGAACUAAACACGUAUUAAGGUAACUCAGUAACCAGAACUACAUGUUGAUGUCAAGAUGUGUACGAAUGCUGCUGUCUAAUUAGUUGCCUGAUAAGCCUGGCGAGGGACAAUUCUGAUGAGUUGUUUAACUCAUCCUCGCCAGUUUGGCAGAGUAGUCCUUUUUCCUUGGUAAACCUGUAGCCAUACGCAGUCAACUGUAAACUUUAAAUUAUGCCUUGAGAAAAACUAGAGAGUA